CGGUCCGCUCAGUGAUUCAGCGUGUGUGACCUUUGACCUCCGUCAGGUGUCCCGUGCUGUUCUUCAGAGUGCAGAGCGUCUGUCCGUCUGCAGGGACGCAAGAAGAAGAAGGAGGAGGCGGAGCUUACCUGGCUGACAGACGGCACACCUCUCUCUACAUGGGAGCGUCCACCAGCAGCUCUGUCCCCUGUCUCAGUGUGGACGGAGCGUCUCCUGCUGGUGUCUUUCAGACCGUGGAGCUGCUCAGCAGCAUCAUCCUGCCUCACCUGCAGCACAGCAGCUCGCUGUCCGGCUGCACCGUCCUCCUCCACGGCCGCGCAGGAAGCGGCAAAGUGACGGCGGUCAGAGCGGCGACCCGACGACUCAACCUGCAUCUGCUCAAGGUGGACUGUGUGUGUGUGUGUGCUGACACGCCUGCAGCCUCGGAGGUGAAGCUGAGCGCGGCGUUCCAGCGGGCCGCCGCCCUGCAGCCCUGCGUCCUGCUGCUCAGGAACCUGCAGCUCCUGCUCGCCGCUGGAGGAGGCGCGGAGGAGGACGGCCGAGUCCAGGCGGCGCUCUGCCAGCUGCUCCACAGCGCCCCCCGCAGUGUGGCGGUGGUGGCGACGGUCUGCAGGCCUCGGCAGCUGUCCGCAGGCGUCGUGGCGGCGUUCGUCCACCAGGUGGCGCUGGAGAGUCCCACGGAGGAGCAGCGGCGCUCCAUGCUGGUCAGCCUGAGCCGAGACCUCCAGCUGGGGAGGGACGUCAACCUGGAGAGACUCUCCAAACUCACCGCGGGCCUGGUUUUGGGGGACCUGAGGGCUCUGCUGGUGGAGGCGGGUCGAGCUGCCUGCAGGAGGCUGAUUCAGAGCUGCGGCGGCCGGCGGCAGGAGGACCUGUGCUCCAGCGGCGUGACCAUCCUGAACCAGGACUUCAGCUCCGCCCUGGAGGCCCUGCAGGACGCCCAGUCCACGGCCAUCGGAGCCCCCAAG